UUAAGGUUGAAAAAAAUAUUAUCAGUAUGAAAACCAUUCGACUUAUCAUUAAAAUAAUUUUUCUCUGCUCUUUUGGGUACUGCAGCGCAGAAUACGGAUCCCAAUUUAUUCAAAGUAUCAAACUGUUCUGGUAUCAACCAAACAAACGAGAUGCAGUCGAUAUUACCUUUUUUGAUUUAGUUGGCGAAAUGGAUACCAGUCGUCCCCUCAAAGUAUUAAUUCACGGCUGGAAUGCAAAUCGUGAUCAUCUUUCAAUUGAGCCCGUCAAAAAUGCCUAUCUCGCUCGUGGUACAGAUAAUCUCAUUAUUGCCGAUUGGAGUGCAGGUGCAAGUCAAUUAUAUGACGUGUCUCGUAAUUUGGUGCCUCGUGUUGGCCUUCGUAUCGGCGAGAUGCUGUCUGCUUUUAUGGAGGAGAAAAAAAUUGAGCCCGAAAAUGUUCAUGUGAUUGGACAUUCGUUGGGAGCGCACAUUGCUGGCAACGUUGGAAAAUACAUGAAAGGAAAGCUGGACAGAAUUACCGCUCUCGAUCCAGCUGGUCCGUUAUUCCGAAGUUUUUCGUGGGAUGCCCUCGCACCAUCCGAUGCUACUUUUGUUGAUGUCAUUCAUACUGGCAUCGGAAGUCUGGGUGAAAUAACGCCUCGUGGAACGGCUGAUUUUUAUCCCAACAGAGGAUUUAAUCCACAACCCGGAUGUAGGCGAUUGGACACUUUGACGGCAUUUUCUUGCAGUCAUUUUCGAUCUACAAAUUAUUUCGCUGAGUCAAUCAUUUCUCCAAUGGCAUUUAGUGCUGCAGAGUGUUCAGAAGACGAAAUUUUGCAUGCCGUAGCAUUGUGUCAUCCAGGCAAGAAUUUGAAUGAUGGACCUCGAGGACUUGUCUAUAUGGGAGAAGGUGUUGAAAGAAAUGCUUCUGGAAUUUACUAUUUGGACACGAAUGGCGUGCCUCCAUUUGGAAAGGGCCUUAAUUUGUACGAUGAUUACACAGAUUAGAAUUCGAUUAAGGUUGAAUUUUUAAUUACAAUAAUAAAGUUGACCUUGA